CAACUCAGCCGAGAGGAACCCUGCGUCAGGAGGUGCGGGUGUUGUGUCGCGGCGCUGCAGAGCUCCCACGUAAGUGUUGCCGCCCCUCUAACACUGGUGCAACACUCACUGACGCCCACCAGUGUCUUAAUGAGGAACACAAAUGGAAUACUAAAGUCAAGUGAAGAGCAGCUUUCCAUCAGGUCAGCUCGUCCCACACACGCUGAUGCCUCAUGGCGCUCUGCAACUGCCGGGUUGAGUCCUGCAUGGGGUGCAUUCCCCUCCAGCGGGGAGCCAUCAUCAUCGGCUUCCUCAAUUUGUUUAGUUCAAUGCUGAAGACCUUCAAGUACAUCAGAAUAUUGAUAGAAUUUGAGCUGAAGGUGAAGGAAUGUGAGGAAGCCAGGCCAAUGCGAUCCCCAGCAUUCACCAUCCACAAUGAAUCAAAGUAUGACUACUAUGAGACUGCCAGGGAUGAGCUCAGAGCUUGUCCCAAGGGAAGAGUGCUUGCUCUGGCACGCAUGUAUAUCGUCAUCCCAAUCUUCAUCAUGUUCAUCUACUUCAUCCUGACUGCUCUGAUGAUCCAUGGCACUCGCCAGGAGCGGCCCAAGCUGAUUGCCCCGUGGCUGUGGUGGCAACUGUUCUUGCUGGUAGUGAGUCUGCUGAGCAUCAUUGGCCUGCAGAGCCACGAGGACUUCUUCCUUAACAUUACACUGCUCCUGGUGAACAUGUACCUCUUCAUGGUGGUCAACUCCUUUUACCUUAAGUUGUUGCAGCAGGAACGAAACCCAUCACGAGUGACUGUCAUUGCCAUGGCUCGCCGCCGCUCUGAUAUGACCGUCUCCUUCCCCUCCCCGCUGAAGGAUGAUCCACCACCACCCUACCACUCCUGCUAUGUCCCUGUUGAGGCAGUGUAUCCUCCGCCCUACGACACCAGUGGCACCACCACCCACGGCGGCUCCAUGCCUCCCCCUUACCAGAGCAUGGACCCGCUGGCAUCAUCCAGUUCCGCCGGCCCACAGGAGGAACCUCACUCUAACCCAACCCUGCAUGUUCCCUCCCCUGCCAACCCCUCCUCUGGUACAUCCAGCCCCACCACUCCAGAGGCAGCCAUUCCAGAGGCAGCCACUCCGGAGGCAGCCACUCCAGAAGCAGCCACUUCAAACACAGACACUGCCACUCGAGACACUCAAGAGCAAGAGACCAGGUCUGAGGGAUCCUGCAGCCCUCCAGAGGCAGUGGGUGAGAGAGUGCCUCUGGUGGUGAAGCUCCCCACCUCCCAAAACAAUUAACUCAAAGACACUCUCCAGCCACUAAUGAAUGUUGUUUUUUCUAUUUCAAAUGCUCAGAUGUGAAGCUUGCUUGGGCCUCAUUGAGUUGUGUGGUGUGUGUAGGGUCUGAGUAAUAUGCAGGGUUGGAGUGAGUUGUGGUAUUUGUCUGCUGAACUAGUAUAGUCUGAAUUGCUCAUUUACCCUCAGCUGUGAUGCCCCAUUAUGUCAAGAGCCUGACCUACAACAGCUACUUAGUCAAUUAUAUUGUACCUCUUCCCCUACCAUUUAUCUUGGUUUAACCCCUUCACCUAAUCAUGGUUUGAAGCUUGAAGUCUCAAUGUGUUCUGUGGCUUGUUCCACUCUGCUGUUAAUGGUGUUGCUCCCAUAUCCACCUCCACAUGCAUCUUAUUGCAGUGUCUUGCUGUUUUUCUUCAUCCAUUGGGAAAUCUGUAGCAUAACAAACAAUUUUCCCUUUCCUCUCUUCUUUGUCAUGCUUCUCAUUCACAUUAUCUACUUUCCCAUGACACACCCAGUUAACAUGGUCCUUUCAGUUGCAGUUUCAACACAGCACUCCUUGUCUUCAAAUGGGUAUUGUAUUCCUGUAUGAUGACUGCUGCCACAUCUGCUAUGCGCCCUUGUUCUGUGCUCUGCAUCUGGGUAUUUAGUGUUUUGACUGAUGUGCCAUCUGCUCUGUGAUGGUAUCAAUCUGUUCACUUGUUUGUCUUAGUGGUCACUAUCACUUUCAUUGAUGCAGUCUGCAUGGAUUAAGAGUCCUGCAUGUUUUGUCUCACAUUAUGUUGCCCUUCUAUAGUAGUUUUUGUUUGACUUUUUCUCUUUACACUGCAGAUGAACAUGAUUCAAAGAUAGUCCUUUAGAUUUUUGACAUAGUUACAGCUCAAUGUUUUCCUCAUGAGUUUGGCUACAUGGCUAUUAAUGAAAUUGAUUUCCCUCUUGAUAUUUGUUUUUGAGCUUGUAUCUCUCCACCAUUACUAAACUUUGAGUGCAUAAUGCUGUACAGUAAGGAAAAUUAGUUCUUUGCUCUUCUCUGCAAAUUUUUAGUUGUUGAUGUACUGCAGGUCUGCUCCCCAUCAAGAAAAGUGUCUACUACUUCUGCUCCUCCCUGAUGUUCUUGCCCUUCAGGAACUGUGCAAACCUCUCUUUGCCUUGCCAACCUUCAGUAUCUCAUCCUCACUGCCAUAUAUAGGGUUUGAGCAAUCAUAAGUGGUUAUGGUGUAUUCUGCUGCUGAACCAUCUCUGUAUGAUUAGUCCUCUCAUAGUGGUGUUCAUGUCUGGUAGUGAUGCCUUCCUAGUGGGACUGACUUAUGGCAGCUACUUAUUAGGCUAUACUGCUUUGUGAAGGGUUGUACUCAGACAGAUGAAGGAUGGUUGUUUUAUGCAUGUCAGGCCCAAGCAACUUUCACAUACUUUGUUCUCUGUCUUUUGUCCUGUAUUUGUCAGUGUAUGUCUGUACUUUCUCAUCCUACUAUGGCUGGCACAGGGGACAGGAAGAAACACCUUUACGAAUUCAAUACACACACAUUAUGAAGAAACCAAAGAGAGAACCUACCUAUCUACAACCAUUCCAUUACCUGGGAAGCAUAAAGGUUGACAAACACAGUGCCUCAAGGUACUAUAUUGGUGUUAUCUUAUUGAGCUAUAUUCACCAAUAUUCUGUUUAGUUAUUGUGUCUGCAAGAUUAUUCAUAAUUGUGGUGUUUUCAGCUUUUCAUAUAAUACAUCUUGGAUGUUGAUGCAAGUCAGUGUAUUAACUUCUUAGAAGUAGUUUCAUAUUUUUUAUGGUUAACAUGUGAUGAUUAGAGAUAAAAACUAGUUUGAUAAUAUCUUUUGCAGAUGUAAACAAAUGGAUACAGAAAAAUAUAUUUAUACUUAACUUGCUUUAUUGCAAACACUGAAAAAAAGCCAUAAAGCUCUUUCAUGUGCUAUCACAGUGUGUAUACUACUUUACUAUUUAGAUUGAUACAGCUAUUUUUAAUGAGCUGCAGUUAUGCAAUACAUCUUCCACUGACUGACAUUCAGAACUGUCACAGCUGUCAGCACGCUUUCCAGGUCCUUCAGUGAGAAAGACAGUGAACUCACUCUCAGGGUUGUCAUGUUUUCUUAUCUGUCCUUGGCACCAGCAACAGCCAGGCCCUGAGAGUGAAAAGUGUGCAGCCAGUCCAUCAGCCAAGGCAAGGGUCCAGCUUUUCUUGUUAGGUUGGCAGGGUGUGGUCAGAGGUUGUAACCUGCCACUCAUACUCUACUGUGUUUUGUGUUUUCCCCCAUCAUACUUAAGUCUCCCAAUCUACUGGUAAUAGAUUUCAGGCAAAUUAGAAGGCUUAGAAGUGAAGGAAAACUCUAAACACGAAGGAAAUAAAUGCAGUGUGUUAAUUGACUCGUGGCCAUGAUCAUACCAAACAAGGAUAGAUCUUACUGGACUAUAGCGUCUCUUUAGGCUUUGCUAUAUCGACACAAUUUUUGUGGUCCUGCCGGUUGAUGGGCUGAUAUGCACCUCUCACCAGUAUUUAUAGUGUAAUGCAAUGUGAAAUCUUAGCUUUGGUGGAAAGUUAAGACUGGUAUUUGUUAUAAUAGCAUUUGGUAGCUUCAUGCACCACUUGUGUCAGCUGGAGGAAGGUGCUGCAUGGAUUGCUGCUGCAGCUUUUUUGUAUAUCUCCAGUAGUGUUAGAGUCACACAUAAUUCACCCCUGUAAAGAGGGGUAUAAGGAAUCUGUUUUAUCUGUAGACAUGGAGUAGCAUUAUUUGCCAUAUUGAGUUUCACAGCAAGGUUGUGCUCUUAUUACAUACUCAUAGUUGGCAUGAUUGGGUAUUUCUGCACCAGUUCUUACUACAUUUUUUAAGCCAGGUUCAUCUUGGUGUAAUGGGAGCACCAGACUCACCCUAAGAUACACCUGCUCAUUCACACUAGCCAGCUUCACACUAGGCAGCCGAGGGACCCACCAGUGAUUGAUAGCUUCACCCAGCUAUGCAUGUUGAUGUGACUGAUAUUGGCUGACUUGUGACUGCAGAGGAAACUCACACACAUUGGAAGUUGAUCACUGCUUCACACUAAAAUAGUCAGGCUGCAUGCAAGAACCACACAACUACCAUCACCAGUGCAAAACAUUAUACUGUGAGUCAGUUGUGCCUGUGAAUUGCACUGCCACUGCCACUUUUUAUGUUAAUGACUGAAGUUAUGAAUGCCCCUGAAAUUAUUGUGAGAUGUGGCAAUUAUUGAUGGUUCUCAAAGCCAAAAAUUUAUGCUGCUCUUGAAUAAAUUUUCAGUGUUUCUUUGAUGCCGUAGACAUGACAGUGAGCUCAAGUGUGUGUACAGAAGACAGGAUACAACACUUGUGCAUCUUUUGUGCUGGAAUGCUACUCAUUGUGCUAUGGCUGGGAACAUUUUCAGUGUAGUGACAAAAGCAGUAUAGUCCAGCUUGCUGUUUGAUGCUGGCAACCUAUUCUUUGUUUUUAGGUUUCCUCUCACUCAACAGUGUAGUCAUCAUGUAAGUUUUCUUCCCUGUUUUACUUAGAUUAAAUUUCAUGACUAGUUCCAGUAGAUUUCAUAACUAGUUCCUGUACUGUUGUAAGGAGAAUAGAGUUUUUUUUUCCACUGUGAAGAACUUAGUCUUCAUAUUCAUUAAGUUUUUAGUCCAUUUCCUAUCAUAGCAUUUGAAACAUUAUCAUCCCAGAAGACAUUUGGGUCAUUUGGAUCUUUCAGGUUGAAGUAUUUUGAUUGGAAUUGUUGAGACAGUAUUUUACAUGUGCUACUUUAUUAUAUGAGUUGGAAUGCUACAGAAUUUUUUUUUGUUAUUGGUGUCUCCAUUUUCCACAAAAGGAAGAUGAGUGGGUAAGCAGACUUAAGAAUUACGAAGAGAAAAAGGCUCAAUUUGAGUUGUCAGCAGGAGACAGUAUUAUUAUCCUGGACAGGGAAUUUAAUCAUUGUCUCUGCUUGGCCAGCAAACUGCCACAUGCCACAUGGGUUGUGUGACUUUUCCAGCUUGUGAUGUGUGUUUCAUGUCAUCAUUCCAAAGUUGCUUAUGUUGGUGUGUGGUGCAGUUUGCUUUCUGUGUAAAAAAAAAAAAAAAACUGGUAUUUUGAGUACUGCAUAUGCCCUUAGCUUGAGUUCUUUUACCAGCAGAUACUGUGGAUUAUAUACAUGCUGUGAUUUUAUGAAGGUUGUUUUUGGCUAAUAUAUAUAGCCCCAUUUUAUGUAUGUUUGAUAUAUUUAUUUAGUAUUUAUUCGUCCAGUCUUUUAAAUAUAUUACAUAUACUUUAGUGAUUUAUCCUGUAGUUAGAUUUAUCUAAUCUGUAUUGAAAAUCCAACCAUAACAAUUAAGCGUUGAACCUUAAUGCACGAACCUUCUCAGGGUCCUCAGCGUCAGUGUCAGGGUUUGGUGUUUUCGGGAGUGGUGACUGUGCAAUAUAUGAGCUUUGUUUGGUUUUUGAUUGAUAUAAAUACAAUAGGAGGCUUUUAUUGCUGUACUGAGAAGGAAGAGGGAAAGUUCAAACAAAAAUUAAAGUUACAGAGGUGACAGUGGUUACUCUUUUUGUUGAUAGAUGAUAAAAAGGUCAUGGGAAGGAGGAAGAAUGGACGUAGGGGGAGUGUGUGUGUGUGUGUGUGUGUGUGUGUGUGUGUGUGUGUGUGUGUGUGUGUGUGUGUGUGUGUGCGCGCGCGCGUGCGUGCGUGCGCUUUUUUAAUGCAAUGAUGGGAUGUUGGGCCCUCACUCCUCAUCCUCCUGCUUUAGAUGACCUGAACAUUAUAUACGUUACCCACCCAUACUUGUGAUACCAAAAAGGAAAAAAAAAAAACUAUUACCCUGUAUUUAGUGUUGUUAUCUACUGUUUUAUUCUCCUGAGUGCAAAUUUGACUAAGGCUACAUAUUCCUCUGUGUGUGUUACAUACUGGAACAUGUACAUGGGUUUAUUCUGCUCAGCCUUGAUAUAAAAAUUCUAAGAUAGAGCUUAAUUAAAGAAUUACUACUAUCCUUGUGACUGUAUAAGUAUGUAUUGAUGCCAACAAGCAGCCAAUAUUGCUAACACUUAUGA